GUCAUUUCUACUUCCAUCGACUCUUCCCCAUUGCCGAUUCAAGUUACAUUGCCCCUUAUCCCAUCUGUUUAUUUAUAGCCAUUUGGCCUUGGCACUAAAGGAAGACGAAUUUUCACCCCAAUGUCAAACCCACCCACACUUGUUUUUGUGGGAGAGAAAAUAGCGAAAAUAGACAGAGCAGUCUUCUACCAGACAAAGGCGUGACUAUGAAUCCCAACUGUAAGCUGGAAAACAUCUGCAAGUUGCUGAUCCCGGCAGUUGCCAACUGAGUAUCUCGACGUGAUAUUUUGUUUGCACGUUCCGGCAAUUAGACCGACGGAAUGACCAAUUUACCCCAAAAUGUUCUAAAAAAGUUUCAAAGGAAUUUCGUAUUCGACACUUCAGUCAGGGGACUUUUCGUCGGUUUCGUGUUGGGCAUUUUGGCCGCCCAGCUAAUGGUCAUCUCCCUUCCCCUUCAUCAAGUGGACACUACGGCCAUCAUCAAACAAUCCGGCUUGAUUAAAUUCAUCCAAAAGGUCGAAGAUUUGGGGAUUUUUCAGGAAACUAACGCAGCUCACACAGGUGAUAAAAGGACGUCAACUGGACCGGACGAAAAGAAACGGACGACGAGACGGGAUCGAAUUCUCUGCUGGGUGGCCACGUCGCCCAAAACCCAUUCCAGGGCCCAACUGGUCAGAGAAACCUGGGGCAAACGUUGCGACAAGUUGCUCUUUAUGAGUUCCAAACAAGAUGAGAAACUACCGGAUGCCAUCGUCCUGCCCGUCAACGACACGUACGAAAAUCUGUGGGGCAAGACCCAGGAGGCCUUCCGGUACAUUUACGAGCACCACCUGAACGAAGCCGAUUGGUUCUACAAGGCCGACGACGACACGUACGCCGUGAUGGAAAACAUGCGCCACUUACUUUUGAAUUUCAACGCCUCGGCGCCCAUCCAUUUGGGGUUCAAGUACAAAAAUCCCGAAGUCACUCAAGGAUUUCACUCGGGUGGGCCGGGGUACAUCCUGACGAGAGAGGCCGUCCGCCGAUUCGUCGAAAUUGGACUCGGCCACAAUAACGUGACGAAAUCUGCCAACGAAACUCGCCCCGCUGCUGCUGCUGCUGCUGCUCUGGGCGGUUCGAAUCGUUUGUGCGUGACCGGUCACGCCGGACUGGAGGAUUUCAACAUUGGGAAAUGUCUUGCCAAGUUGAACGUGACGACUGGUGAUUCCCGGGACGAGAAGGAGAUGGAACGUUUCCUGCCGUGGAGUCUGGAGGACAUGAUUUGCGGCCAUUUAAAGUUCCCAGGUUCUUGGUUCCUUCGCGAUUGGUCGUUCUAUCCCCUCAAAAAGGACAUGGAAUGCUGUUCGCCCUACGCCGUCUCCUUCCAUUACGUCAAGGAUUAUCAGCUGAAAAUCUACGAGUAUCUCAUCUACGGCCUACGUCUUCAUUCAUGCUCCUUCUGACAUUAUAGACUGAUAUUGCUGCAGAAAUACUUGCCUGAAUGCAUAACUGAUUAAAAACAUAUCAUAAAUUUUUUAAAUUAUUUCUAGUUGAAUUUCUUAUUACUUCUUAGAAUUUGCACCACUUUUACUCGAGAAAUUUGAUAUAAAAGUAAUGGUUAAUAAGGUUCUCUUUCCCUCUUAUCUGUAUUCAAUUGUUUUAUUUAUUUCUCGUUUAAAGAUUUACAUAUUCUCCCUCCUUCAAAUCCCUCCAUCUGCUGUUUCAUAUGUUUGUAUCGAUGAAACACGAUGGCACGUACUAACUUAACACUACAAAACUCAGUAACUCACAAGCUAAACCUGACAAAAACUAACCCAAUACUAACCGAACAUAAUCUAAGUAUACACACUUCUACUAACACUAAAUCACUUUAGCAUCUAAAAAUGAAACAACUUGAGAUAAACAGUUCACGGUAAA